AUGUCAGUCAACGAGGAGACGCCUUUGCUUCACGAGGCUCAACGGGAUGUCGAGGACUCACAUGAAACUAACGGUCGAGGGGAGGACUCUUCUAGUGAAGAAGAGAGGCCUGAGGCCAAGUUGUCUGCCACUGCAGUCAUUUUACCAAUGAUGCUGGGCACAUAUCUGGUGGCUAUGGACCAUACUAUCGUUGCCUCGACAUAUGCGCACAUUGGGAGCCAGUUCCAUCAUUUGGAGAAUACCAGCUGGAUCACGACAGGGUACAUGCUCACCCUGACGAGUUUCCAACCAUUAUACGGCAAGCUGAGCGACAUCUUCGGGCGCAAAUUUUGCAUGUUACUUGCAUUAACAGUGUUUUGUUUCGGCUGCCUGCUCUGCGGUCUCGCAAACAGUAUGACGACUCUCAUCGUUGCGCGAGCUAUUGCAGGAAUGGGCGGGGGCGGUAUUAGCACUGUUGGGGUCAUUAUCAUGUCCGACGUAGUGCCGCUGCGCAACCGAGGGACAUGGCAAGGGGUUGCCAAUAUUGUGUUUGCGUCUGGCCAAGCAACUGGCGCACCGCUUGGUGGAAUGCUCGCAGAGACGGUAGGGUGGAGAUGGGCAUUCCUGAUUCAAGUCCCCUUGACCAUUCUCGCCAUGAUCAUUUUCUCUAUUGGCUUCAAGCUUCCCAAAACUGAGUCAUCCGACUUCAUGGUGAAAUUAAAGCGCGUUGACUUCGGCGGCGCAGUCACGCUUGUGAUCGCGGUGUUUGCCCUCCUCCUAGGAUUAGACAGAGGUGGUAACGUUUCCUGGAAAGAUCGCCUCACUAUUGCCUGCUUCGUCGUAUUUGCGAUAUUUUUCCUUGCGUUCGGGAUCGUCGAAUGGGUAGUGGCGAAAGAGCCGUUUGCGCCGAAAUUCAUUAUUGCCAAUCGCACGAUGCUCGCAAGCUAUGCGUGCAACUUCUUCUCCAGUGGCGCGAUAAUCUCCCUCAUAUUCCAUGUCUCACUGUACCUCCAAGCGGUUCAAGGCUUCGAUCCAGGAAAGGUGGGAUUGGCCCUCAUUCCCGCAGUUGUCGGCGGUGCCAUCGGCAGCGUUUCUGCUGGUCUCAUCAUGCGGACUACAGGGAAGUUCUAUGUCCUUACCAUUAUCGCAUACUCGGUGUCUGCGUGCGCGAUUGUGUCAGUCGCGCUGUUCACCGGACCCUGGAAGUUUGCUUUGAUAGGCCUCGGCGCAAGUCUGGCUGCAAUGAAUCUGGGAGGCUGGGGAGCUCUCACAACAACCCUCAUCGCUAUCAUCUCCAACGCAGGACUGAAGAAUCAGGCUGUUGCCACUGCUGGCAAGUCCCAUGCACAUGCUGUAAAGGUGAUAAGCUAA